AGGGUGGGUGUCGUAAGCAAAGACAAUACUCGUAUGCGAGCAACCCCACACGCAACCCCUGUCCGCAUGCGUACAUCUCCAUCUCCUCUCUCUCUCUCUCUCUCUCCUCUUCUUCUCCACCUGCAACAGCUUCACAUUAUUCAAAGUCGCGUUUGCACUCUCCCGAAGAAUUUUGGUCCGAUUUGCGCGUGACCCGUUCUCUUCUCCAUUUCCAAGUUUCAAGCCCUUUUUGAAUAUAUAAUUUGUUUUUGUGAAAAAUACUCGAUUUUUACUAUCUAAUGGAGGUUAAGCUAUGGAACGACAAGCGCGAAAGGGAGAUGUAUGAGAACUUUGCCGAGCUCUUUGCCAUCAUUAAAGCCACUGAAAAGUUGGAGAAGGCUUAUGUUCGGGACAUCAUUUCGCCAUCAGAGUAUGAGCUCGAGUGCCAAAAACUAAUUGCCCACUUUAAAACAUUAUCUUCCACACUCAAAGACACCGUUCCAAGCAUUGAGAGGUUCCAUGACACGUACAAAAUGGAUUGCUCAGCUGCCUUGAACCGCCUUGUCAUUUCAGGCGUGCCUGCAACGGUUGAGCACAGGGCAGCUGCAGCAAUGUCUUCCACUACUUCGGCUGCCACUGUGGCUGAAUGCGUGCAGAACUUCAUUACAGCAAUGGACUCGUUGAAACUGAACAUGGUUGCUGUUGAUCAGGUCCACCCAUUGCUCUCAGACCUAUCCGCUUCACUCAACAAGCUUACCAUUUUACCUCCUGAUUUUGAGGGGAAGACAAAGAUGAAAGAGUGGAUUGCAAGGCUUGCUAAGAUGGGGGCUGCGGAUGAGCUGACAGAGCAGCAGGCUCGGCAGCUUCACUUUGAUUUGGAGUCGUCUUACAACUCUUUUAUGGCAGCGUUGCCCACUGCUGGGACAUAACUGAUUGUGGUAAGCAUGUAAAUAAGUGGAGAUGGUGUUGCUUUGUUUUAGUGGCUCCAAUAUAUAGUUUCAUCCAUUUGCUGUGACUUGGUUGAUCCUUAAUGAUUGUUUGGAAGGGAUUAUUGCUGAUUCUGUAUAUGCUUUUGGGGUGGCUGGAUUGUUGAUUGCUUACCUGAGAGUUUGUGCUGACUAUGAAAGAUUUGCUUUCUUGUUUUCUUAUGAAGUUGUGAAAAUGAGUUUGUAUGUUAAUCUGGGUUCUCUAUGUUUAUCUUCAUUUUCUUAUUGUAUUUGGUAAUGGUGAAUAGUUCUUUAAUGUCAAUAUAAUUCUUGAAUUUGAACUUUUGAUUGCA